AUGUCUGACAACAUUAAUAUUGAUCGUAGUGAUAUUGACAAUUUGAAUGAUUUAAUCAACUUCAACUCUUUGAACAUGAGCAAUACCUUGUCUGAAAUGGGUGCUUUGGAUGUGAACAUCAAUCCAUCCUCUCUAUUCACCAACGAGAACACCACUCUCUCCAGUAUUCCUUACUCUGACACCUUGGAGCAAAAUCGUUAUAACUUACAACUCAACCAUUCUCAAAUGGAUAACCACCACAAAUACAUUACUAACAAUAAUACUAUCAACAUUCACAAUCCUGAUCCUAAUACUACUAAUACUACUAAUACUACUAAUACUACUAAUACUAAUACUAAUACUAAUACUAAUGCUAAUACUAAUACUAAUGCUAAUACUAAUACUAAUGCUAAUACUAAUACUAAUACUAAUACUAAUACUAAUACUAAUACUAAUACUAACAACAACAAUAACAAUAGCAAUAGCAAUAGCAACCCCAACUCAAAUACCGUUAGCAACAACAUCAGUAAGGAAACUGCCACUAAUCACUCUACUAAUAUGAUCGAACCUUACCUUCUAAUGUCCAAUGAUUACCAAAAUCAACUGCUUAACCAAAUCGCUCAUCUCAAUCAUACAAACAGUAUAAACAAGCCUUUAAAUCUAGUUGAUAUCAAUAACCCUUUGAAUAAUCAAUUGAAUAAUGAGUUUGAUUUGGAUAAUUUUUCAAUGUACAUAAAUCAAAAUGAUUUGCUCUCUGAUACAAACAACAUUCAUAAUAUUCAAAAUAUGAAUAAUCAAAAUAUUCAAAAGAGAAAAUCAGAUCCAAAAUCUUCAAGUUCAAAAUAUUCUUCUUCAAAAAAUGCUAAUGAUACUAAUGUCGAUGAUGACAACUCCAGUUCUAGCGAUUUCGAGGUUUUGGCUGUCAUUAGACCCCCAAUCACAGAAAGAACACGAAAAUCGGCUCCAAACUUGGUUUAUCAACAUUUGCCCUUUUCUUAUCAAGAAACUUCGGACACACAUAAUAAAUUUACAUCUUCUAACUCAUCCAAAAAAAGAUCCCAUUCUUCCACGUUUCAGAAUUCUUCAACAAAAAAUAAAAAAAUAUCUCUUCAAUCAUUACCCCAAUCUCGUUCAAAUUCCCCUCUUACAAUCACUAAUACAAAUAACAAGCCCAUUAAAACAAACUCUCAAGUCUUUAAUUCAUUGUUUAAUCAAGCUGAUAAAUUGGUCUCCGAUGAUAAGUUUUUUGAUGAAACUUUGUCAACUUUACCCGAAAGUUUGAGAGCUUUAGGUAAAAAUGCAGAUGAUUUUUUAAGAGUUUUAAUUAAUAUAAAUUUUAAAAAAUAUUACCAAAAUCCAACAAAGUCUUUAAAUGAUCCCAUUCGAUUAAUAGAAAGGUUUGCCUCCAUUUUACUAUGCUUUGAUAAAUCCACUUGGGGAAAUUCCCCUGAUUAUCGUUUUAUUUCUCUCAAUAGAAUCAGGUAUUUACUAGCAAACGAUAAUCUGAUAUGGAAAAAAAAAUAUUUGAAAAAAUUAAAACUAUUUAGCAGAAUCUCAAACUGGCUAAGAUACGAUUUGAAAAAUAAAAACUUUGAAAAUAUCUCAACUACGCUAGGGUUUUUAAAUCAUAUUCAAUUUAAUUCUUCAUACCUAGAUAAUUACAAAAUCACUCCUGUUUUAAAUAAAUUAUCUGCUCUACCUUUAAAUUCAAUCAAUAAUAUUUCCCAUGCCGUCACUUGCAAAAAUCUCUCUAAUGAAAUUAUGAAAAAUGCUAGGAAAUUAGAUGCUUUUAACUCUGAUAACAACAAUAAUAACAACAAUAACAACAUGUCCAGAAAAGUGCAGUCUGCUUUUCCUACUUCUGCUUCCACAUCUGCUUCUGCUUCAAGUAAAUUAGCUUCUUCAGUAUUUAAUAACAAUAGACUCGUUUCUCCAUCUAUUUCUUCCACUUUGAAAAGCCGCAACAGUGAUUCAACUAAGAAACCUACGUCUUUUCCAAAGUCUUUAUCAGCAGCAGCAUCUUCCUCCUCUUCCUCGGUGUCCCUCACCAGUGGUUCUGUUCGUUCGAAGCCCUGGACCAUCUCGUCCUAUUUGGCUGAAAGCAAGAAAACAGAGCCGGUGUCACCUGACGCGCCCUCACAAAACACAGACCCGAAAACCAUCCACGAAGUCGCUCUACCACCAAAGGUCGACAAGUAUGGAAACAAGAGUAUUUUGAGAAGAGAGUCUGAUUCCUCGCUUGUUAAAAGGAAGAGAAGAAAAAUCGCUGGAGGGGUCAAGUGGAAGGACAAUGAUUUGAUAACUGUAAGGGAGUAUGAAAUGGAUCCCAAUGAAAAGGUGUUUCAUCCCAAGGAUUACAACUCUCAAAAGGCGUAUUUGGAAAAUCAGGAAGCAUUUGCUUUGAAAUCAAAGUACAAGUUUGAAGAUGAAGAUGAGGACGAUCAAAAAUCAAAGGGCGACCUUCUGGUUUAUAAAAAUAGAAUAGAUGAACAUAAAAAACCUCUUUCAAACGCAAAUAACAAAUUUAGUUUCAAACCAUUUUCUCCUCUACAUAAUGUUCCUGAAGUUAAAUGCAUUAAAGAAAUACAAUUAAGAAAAACUUGGAGUCGGCCAAUACGAACUGAUAACGAUGAAAAAUUUCAGACCAAGAUCAUGAAUUUUGAUAAAAAAUUUUUUGAGAAUAAAAUAUCUCCUUGCGAGCCAAUUGACGCUAACCAAUCUGAAAAUAAACAUCAGAUGCCUAAAAAAAUGGUUCCUUUUGGUAAGGUUGACAAGAUUGCUUCAUUUCGCUCUACUGUUGGAUUAUCACUUUAUUAA